UGACUGAGAUUGAAUGGUAUCAGAUAAAACUACAUGAUUGUAUUACACUUGUGUUACCCACUAGCACUAGUUACAAGGAUGAUGGAACGACACUUGACUGUACUGCUUCUGGUGGUUGCCUUACUUCACUUUGGACUCGUCACUGGCAGUCUGGUGCUUAUAAAACUAGCCAAUGUGGAUAUAUCCCAUACUUCGUUGGAUGGUGGCUGUUCAUUGCCUUAUGACCUAGACAUCGAACUGUCCAGUUUGUCAGGUCAGGAAAGUAAAGAGGGGCUACAUGACCUACCAAGGAGGAUCCGCCUGGUCCAAAAUGAUGCAAGACACACGGUCAGACAGGUGCAUGUCAUACAGCAAGGCUCUUCAGGAAGAUUCUAUCUCGAGACAGUGCCAGUGGAGACUUUACAGAAUGAAAAUGUCCAGCGUUACUAUAACCACCAUCAUGGUAUGAUACUGACAGUUGGAUGCAGUUGGAAUGGUGACAAUGGUUUCAAGUAUACAUUGGAAGGCUCUUUCUUUGUGAAGGGAAUAAAGUAUCUGUUAAAACAUCCAUCGAGUCUUCUGUUUGAAGACCUGAGAGACACUGUGACGUCAGUACAUGAGCUGGACAGAAGCCAAGAACACAACGCCGAAGACUCUGCCUGGAAACGAGAUUUACCAUCUACCAGUGAGGAAUACACAGCUUGGUCACUGAGUGACCAAACACUGACCAGAGAGAAACGAGAAACAUCAACAGUUUACCACAUUGACGUUCUGCCUGUUGUGGAUGUGUCUAUUUAUAGAAAGUUCUUGAUCAACAGAAAUGACUCUGAGGCUAUCAAAGCUAUAACAAAUUACAUAGCCAACAUACUGACUUCAGUCAACAUGCGUCUUGAGACUUUGUCAUUGGAGGGUAUUCGACUGAAAGUUCAUCUGUUGGAGCCACACAUUUCUAAGGGUGACAACACAUCCGUCUGGAACAACAACAUCUUGGAGUCUAACAACAAUGAGGUCAGCAUCAAUGCCACAAAACUCCUGGCAUCGUUCAAGGACUGGCUCAACACCAAGUCUUCAGAAAUAUUGAAAUAUGACCACGCCUUUUUACUCACGGCAUAUAACAUCUAUGGAGGGAACGACCAAGGAAUUCGCUUCAACAUCACUAAAGGUCUUGCCUAUGUCUCAAGCAUAUGUAACACAAAUGGAGAGAGCUCUUCGAUAAUCGAAGAUAAAGGUGGUUACCAAAGUGAAGGUGUGUUAGCUCAUGAACUGGGGCACAGUCUCGGGUCAACCCACGAUGGAGAAAGAAAUAAUUGUUCCUCCAGAGACAGGUUCCUAAUGUCUGACAGUAACUACGACGCUAACAGCUUGAACGUUUUAAACCCAUGGAAGUUUUCCGCCUGUUCGUCUGCUGCCAUUUUAAUCAAGUUGCGGGCCUUGGAAACAAACACGACAGUUCUCAACACUUGUUUAAAAAAUCAAACAGGAAAGGAUGUCAAUAAUUUGACUACAGUAGAUGCUAAUGACCAAUGUCAGAGUCUGUAUGGUAACGCAUCCUUUGCAUGCCGAGGACUUUCAUUUGGAAAUAUUUCCAGUUUUUGUCAAGACUUUUACUGCCGUAUUCCUUCAAGAGAGAGCUGUGAGAGGGUGACACCAGCUACAGGAACUUGUUGUGGAAACAAAAAGAAAUGUAACAAAGGAGAAUGUCAAGAUGCAGCUACUGGUGAAUGUCCUAUGGAUGAUGAAUGCCCUCUAGGAGAUCAGCCUGGACCAAUUAUCAAUGGUCAAACUUGUUCCACAGCACAUCCAGCCAACUGUUACACAACAGAUUUUAGGUUGAAAUGCUGUAACACCUGUAGCAAAAUAAAAUCUAAUAACGAAAACUGUCAAUAUGGAGACAAGAGAUCUGGAUGUAAUACAACUUAUUGUGGACAAAACACGACGGAUGGUCACAGUUAUAAUUUCUUCUGUUGUAAAACUUGUAAUAAUCAUGCAACUGCUGAUGCUACAAAAUUAGAAUACAAAGGUACAAUUUAUUCAUGCUCUGGAUAUGUUAAUUUACUUACUGGCAGUGUUUGUAACAGCGUGACCAUACAAGACGCGUGUCCUAUUACCUGUGAACAAUUUAGAAACAAAGAAAAUCCAGACUGCCCGUGGGGCGACAAGAACAAUUGUUCAGUUCUAGCAAACGAUCUAGCUCGAACUGGGUCAACUUGUCCAGCUUUGAAUGUCUUCAAUUGUUGUCGGACUUGUGCUGAGGCGAAUACAACAACAACGUCAACAACGACAGCAAAGACAACAACAUCAGCAACAACAACUAAGACAGUGGCAUCAACGACAACAACAAAACUAUCGACAGCCACAACUAAAGCACCGGCAUCCAAAACCUGCAAGAGUCCAUGUGCGGCCUGCUCUGUCUUUCACUUCCUGACCUCCAGCUCAGUAAUGUCUUUGUGUUUCCUUCUUAGAACUAUUCUACACUAAUGUCUUUGUGUUUCCUUCUUAGAACUAUUCUACACUAAUGUCUUUGUGUUUCCUUCUUAGAACUAUUCUACACUAAUGUCUUUGUGUUUCCUUCUUAGAACUAUUCUACACUAAUGUCUUUGUGUUUCCUUCUUAGAACUAUUCUACACUAAUGUCUUUGUGUUUCCUUCUUAGAACUAUUCUACACUAAUGUCUUUGUGUUUCCUUCUUAGAACUAUUCUACACUAAUGUCUCGCGCUUCUCAAUGAGA